AUGAAGCUGUUAAAAACCAUGCAGUCGCUGAAGUCCUUUCGAUUGUUUAAACACAUCAGCGACGCAUAUGCAUUUGUCAGAAUCAAUUUGAAUUCGAGUCUGUUCGAGAUGGAGGGAGCAAGAAACCCACGGAAGUUAAGUGCUGCCAAGGAAUCUCGCUUGGCUUUGCUAUCAAGAAUGCGCGAGGCCAAGGAAAAAGGAGAAAAACUACGCAUAGAAAAAGAAGAGGAGUCUGUAUAUGUGACUGUGGAUGAGUCCGAGUAUGCUAAGCUGGUGCAACAGAGGCUGGAAGACGAUUGGAUAGUUGAUGAUGGAGCAAGAAACCCACGGAAGUUAAGUGCUGCCAAGGAAUCUCGCUUGGCUUUGCUAUCAAGAAUGCGCGAGGCCAAGGAAAAAGGAGAAAAACUACGCAUAGAAAAAGAAGAGGAGUCUGUAUAUGUGACUGUGGAUGAGUCCGAGUAUGCUAAGCUGGUGCAACAGAGGCUGGAAGACGAUUGGAUAGUUGAUGAUGACGGACUCGGGUACGCAGAUGAUGGGCGUGAAAUUUUCGAUGAUAACGACGAGGAUGAGGCGGUAGAUGACCGUGGUCGGCGGCCAAAACGCAGUAACAAGACCCAAUCUCACUCGAAGAAGACGCGCUUGAAUCCGGAUAUCAGGGCGACGGAAUCAGCACCACUGCGGCCAGUUGUGGGGCGGGAUAUUCGUAGUCUGUUUGCUGCCUCUUCUGCUCAGAACUCAUCCACGAAAAAGCGUAAGGAACCCAUAGAAGCAACUGUCGAUCCCAACCUGGAUGACCUGUUGGCUGAAUUGGAGUGUAACGACUCCGUACCGGGGAAAAGUGAUGUUGUACCUCCACUUUCUCGUCCUACCAGACCUCAUAAAGUUAAAUCACGGAGGACCGUCCCCAGUCAACCUUUCCAGAGCUCUGAAGAGGAUCAGCUCGCAGAGGAGUUGGAGAAUUCCGAUGUGAUUGAUGUGGGCAGUCAUCGCGAGCCGAUGACCAAGAAGCAUAGUACUCGCACUCCUGUUGUAGAAGCAAAACAAAAGAAACCCGUAUCUGAUGUCAUACCCCUGCCAAAACCGCGCGUGACAAAUCCGUUUUCGACUGAGAAACAACCGAAACCGAGAGCUGCUCCAGCGACUACUGAAACGGUCACGGAUGAUACUGCUGCCUCCCCGGAGCCGGAUACUGUUAUGACUGAGAUGGAAGUUAGCGUCGCCGACUUUGACGAUGAUUUUGACGUUCCUGAUGAAUCAUCCAAACCAAAACCGGAGCCCAUAUCCCAACCAACCUCGGACGAGUUGAUAAAAGCCGUCAAACCUGACCAACCAUCGAUUAGUUGGCUUGCAGCAGAGAGUGAAGCAACUAAACUGAUGGAAGAUUCUGAUUGGAACGAUGAGCUCACGACUGCCUCGGUUACCGCAGACGAUGGGCUGCAUUUCUACUGGUUCGAUGCAUACGAGGACAGUCGCCAUCAGCCAGGUGUUGUCUACCUUUUCGGGAAGAUCAAGGACUCACAGCGUCCAGGAAAAUUCAUCAGUUGUUGUCUUCGUGUGAAAGAUUUGGAACGACGUAUCUUUCUGCUCCCGAGACCGGAACUGACUGACGGGGCCGAAUCGGGGUCCUUCAUGAAAGAGGUUUACACAGAAUUUCGGCAAGUUAGUGCAGAGCACAAGGUUGGAAAGUUCCGGUGUAAAAUCAGUUGGUGUCAGACGGACUUUGAAGUCAGCUGGCAGUCCGGAGUCAACUGUCCAGUUGUGAAACUCAGCGCUCUUCUGGAGCGCCAACAGGCCGAGGGGCACAGUUCUGCCGCCACGGUUCCACCUGCUCCACCACUCUGUUUGGUUGCUGUCAAUGUGAAAUCCGUCACUCAACCACAGGCGAACCACUCAGAAAUAGUAUCCAUCGGUCUUCUAAUAAAUCGUGCCUAUUCAUUAGAUCGUCCCGUCGGGAAGAGCCUAUUUCAAUCACACUACCUUGUAAUGGCUCCCCCGAAAGACGCUGCUCUGCCGUACGAUCUUCGAACAAAGUUACCAACCUGGGGCAAACAGUAUGCUCCACCCCCGAACUCUUGGAUGUCGAAUCAAGAAGAGGCACCACAAACCUCUGGGUCCUCGGUUAUUGGAGUCGGUGGUGUGGACAUUGAACCAAACGAGCGUGCCCUUCUCGGUCGUCUCCUCACUCGAAUUCACAAACUCGAUCCCGAUAUCUUAGUUGGCCACGAUCUUUGGGGUCAUCAAAUUGAACUGCUAGUGCAGCGUUUGAACGCGAACAAAGUACCCCACUGGCAUCGAAUCGGACGUUUACGUCGUUCAGCCCAGUAUUCGGUUAGCGUCAACAAUCGAUCUUGGCUGAUCCGCAAUUCAAUGCCUGGACGUUUGGUUUGCGAUACUCGCGUGUCUGCCCGUGAACUGGUUCGUUCAAGGACCUACAACUUGAGCGACUUGGCCAAUCAGGUGCUUGCCGAUGUGGGAACAUCUGGAUGCCGCCGUCAAGUCCCUCCCUACUUGUUGAAAGUGCUCAAUGGUGUUUCGAGUGCGGAUGACGCCUUGGGAAGUAUAGGUGUGGAAUUGGCUGAUUUGGAGAUUGAUUCUGCUGAUCUGCGCUGCCUGUUUGCCACGUCCGACUUGGUCAAGCAACUUAUUGAUUUUUGCCUUUCGGAUGCUCAUCUGGCUCUGCGGUUAGCUCAUCAGUUGCAGGCAACCAUGCAAAUCACCUGUAUCUGCGGAAAUGUCCUGAGCCGUACUCUCUCCGGAGGUCGGGCAGAACGAAACGAGGCCUUGCUUCUUCAUGCGUUCACACAACACGGAUACAUUGUCCCAGACCCGCCGACGACUACACGGCGUGGUCGAGGUACACAUGCAGCGGGCCAAGAUGACUGGGACGUGGUGGAACAUGCUGACGAAACUCAACCUGCCGCUUUGACUGGAAAACGAAAGCCCGCGUACACUGGCGGUCUGGUUCUUGAGCCGAAGAAAGGUUUCUAUGACAAGUACAUUUUGUUACUGGACUUCAACUCGCUAUAUCCAUCGAUUAUCCAAGAAUUCAAUAUUUGCUUCACAACGGUAGACCGAGAGCUUGUCACGGGAUCCGACUCGAAUGUCGCAGAGUCGACGGAUGUCGAAGCACCUCAUUCGGAGGCCGCCGAUUUGGACAUUAUGGUUGCUUCCCUUCUGGCCACAGUCCAAGGAACUGCAGGAGGUUCGACAACUGUUACUGACCCAAGAUCGCACCAACCGCGCCUGCCAACUGCUCAGACUCCCGGUCUUUUGCCCGCCGAGAUUCGUCGUCUAGUCGACUCACGUCGUGAAGUGAAGAAAUUGAUAACGGCGGCUUCUAACAGCGCCAAUCCUGAUCAGGCUCAACUAGCCCAAUGGAAUACUCGACAAGCUGCACUCAAGCUGACCGCCAACAGUGUGUACGGUUGUCUUGGUUUUGCCGCCUCACGUUUUUGUGCUCGCGGUUUAGCUGCUUUGGUCACCGGACUAGGUCGAGCUGUCCUGAUGAACACGCGAGAUCUGGUUGAAAACAUGAACUUUGAGGUAAUCUACGGUGACACGGACUCAAUCAUGGUCAACACAAACUCAACUGACUUGCUCACUGCGCUGUCGAUUGGUGAAAAAGUACGUCACGAGGUGAAUAAACACUACCGGCUGCUCGAACUGGACACAGACGGAGUGUACGCGGCGAUGUUGUUGCUGGCCAAAAAGAAGUACGCUGCACUUGCCAUUCAAAACCCCAUUCAAUGGGCAGCAGCUUUCAAAGCUGCGCAGGCCAAACACCAGCCCGCUCUCCCUCCACCCAAGACGAAGCAGGAGAUGAAAGGACUGGAUAUUGUGCGACGUGAUUGGUCCGCAAUAGCGGUCAGUGUCGGUCGCCGGUGUGUGGCCGCAUUGCUGAGCGGUGAGCCGAAAGACGUGAUACUCGAACGAAUCCACACGGACUUGAUUGAAACAGCGGAGAAAGUGCGCGAGGGAAAGAUGCCGUUGUCAGACUUUAUCAUCACCAAAAUGUUGACCAAAGCUCCUGAGGAUUACGCGGAUGCGAAAAGCCAACCUCAUGUCCAAGUGGCUUUGCGUUUGAACAACUCCGUUGGUUCGAAUGACGGUGGAGCAAGGCGUCGUCUGAGAGCUGGUGAUACAGUGGAGUAUAUCAUUUGUAAUGAUGGCUCUGGUUCCGUGGCAACGCAGCGUGGUUACAGCCCUGGUGAACUGACCAAUCGUGGUGUGAGCAAGUCCGCUGAUGAUCAACAACCGAGCCUCACAGUUGACGUAAAUUACUAUCUGGCACAUCAAAUUCACCCGGUUGUCAGUCGUCUAGUCGCACCGAUCGAGGGAACCUCUCCUGCGCGCAUUGCCGAUUGCCUCGGUCUAGAUCCAAGUGGAUACAGGAGGCAAGCAGUUGAUGUUGCUGGUGGCGAUGAGGACGAGAACAUUGAUUGCACCGUUGGAUCCAAUGCGGGAGUGACCGCAUGGGGUGAUGUGGAACCAUUGUAUCUACCUUGUCCGCAAACGUGUGGCGGACCACAAUUGGAGAUCAAGCCAUCCGGUCUGACUGCUCUCUCCAAAGCUUGGGUGGCCUGCAGUGACCCCCAACUGGACCAACCUAAUGGAGUAUUCAGUCGAACGGAUCAGUUUGCUCACUCCGUUCCAUCCUCUGCGGGCGGUUCCGACUUUCCACGGACAGAUUACGUCGUAGAAGCCUUAAUGAACUCCCCAUGGGUUCAGCAAUAUCGGUCAAAAUGUGCCGAAAUGGGCCGAGGGUUCGUUUGCCACGAAACUUUUAGGCCAUCUAGCAGUCGUGCAGUACGUUUUCCCUCCAUGGGUCGAAAGUUGGCUACCUUUCUUCGUGGAGCAUUCAAAAAACCUCCCGAGAAUUCGAUCCCAAACGGAUGCCGAUCUCCCUGCUUUAGGACUGAAUUAAUUGGAAACAUUUCUGCAAAAGAUCCACCCAAACCUCAUAGAUAUACACCGUCAGAACCUCAAACUGGACGAAAAAAGACGGAUUUCGGAUCUUCACGCCCAGUAACAACCAUGAGUAAGCGACAUAAAUCCUCACAUCUUUUAUCUAUACGCCAUUCCGGGAAUCGCUCGGUGGAUCAAUUCACGAAAUGCACGGUCUCUUCGGUCAACCAGUCUCGUGCUUGUUCCUCAGUUCCGUUGGACCAAUGUAACUCUCAAAAUUCGACUCCAACACCUCGGCCUUCUGCUCUUAUCACUGACAGACCACAAAGCGAAAAAUCUCGGGAAGGUACCGCGAAACGUACGCGUUUCUCGCUACAUCCAUCAACAUGUAACGCGCCGCCGGACCUCAUCCGUCCGAGACGUGAUAGCGAGGACACUGCAGCAUCUAUUUCCUCUACUGUGAAUCCCUCAAGCAAGUCCGGCGAAUUACAUUCAUCAACAAUGCGGGUUGAUAAAAGUACCCCUUCCAUUGGGUCAAAUACAAAAGCGGUGAGCAAAUCACAAAUGGGAAAUUCCAGCUUGAGGACGGGAACCGAUUCUUGUCUACUGGCGAAGUCUGUGUCGUUGAAAUCGUCUCUCAAACAGCAAACAAAUCCACCUGGGUCAGUCACCGCUGCAACCGUCUUCGAACCUAAUAGCUCGGCUGCACUACUUGAUCCGCCUACGCAUGACUCACUCCCAUUCCGAGGUGUUACCUCAACCACAAACCAGAAAACAUGUUCUGGCCAGACCCGUCGAGUUCAUACCCCGAUAGUGAUGGUUACGCCCACCAGGUCCAAGCAAACAUGCCAUGCGAGUUCACAGCCUGUGACCGGUAAAUCAGCGGAGCGUAAACAUGUGUCGUUUGAAGUGGAUGGCUACCAUUCUCUACCAGCAUCACCGCUGUUGCAUAGCACACCUCGACCUUCGCCACAGACACCGGACCAGGCUGAAGGUGAAUCCCAUUUAUCACCAAUAGAAAGGGCGACUGACCAGAGGUCGACGUCAUCUUUUGGUCGGGGAGUAAUUGCUAGGCCGUCCCGCCCCCGGUCGAGACGCUGUUCAACAUUCCCUACAGCUCUUCACGUCCACCACUGUGUUCGACAUAGUAUCCCACCUCGUUUCAGGCGCUAUCGUAAGCUUAUUGCUGAUCUCAAUCAAAUUUAUCGGAACUACGCUGCACCCUACGAGAUCACACGUGAAAUUGUGGAUGAAACGUGUCAGCGUCAGUUGGCAACAAUCGUCAAGGCGAUGUUCCGUUCACCUGAUGUGUUUGAUGCCCGUCGAGUUAGUGCUAGAAAGUGUCGGAGAGAGACGUGGAAACGAUGGUAUGCCCGUACAAAGCAGGUUGAUUCGGACAUCACGCGCAAUGAAAUGGCAGUAACCAGUCCGAAGUCUACUUAUGGCCUUACUCAGAGUGAGUCUCCAAAGUCAAAUCUGAGUCCCUCAGAUAGGUUCCCUUCCGAGAUCCUCUCAGUCGAUGAACCAAUCAAAACGGAAGAGUGCAUUCCCCCUGCAAACUCCAAGAGAUCAUAUGAAAAUUUGGACAUUAUACCGACAAAGGAUGUGCAGUCGGCUCGUGUGCGGUGCACUUCCGUGGUUGAAAGACAGAUUCAAACAACUGAUGUAUUUACUUCUCGGCUUUUGAGCCUUGACAGCAAAUCGCCUUCUAGCAUACCUGUUGAAUCUUUGAGUGAUUCGCAAUUAACAACCUUUGAUACGCCCGUUAGUUUAGAACAGAAAGAAACGUUAAACUUGGCCCCCGAGGUGUUUUCAAUGGGCGACGCACAACCGUAUCCUUCAAGGGUACAUGGCAAUGAAGGUUACUCAAAAGCCGAGACACCGAGAAUUAUCACCCCUGUUUUAUGUCUUUCAGAACAAGGUUCUUGUUGCAAUGAAAACAAAACAACUAAAUCAACGACUGUCAGCUCGGAACGAGACGAAACGGACCAACUGAUGCUCCUCCAGUGUAGACGUGACAUUACUUCAGGGGAUUACGCAACUGCCCGAUCGGUAUUUCAUUCUCCGAUUCCGACAAAUGUGGAGUCACCUCAUGCUGGGGUGUCAUCGUUCCUCACAGAACCCGUGGUAGUACAAACUUCCGUCAGUCCCGUUUCGGUCGACCAGUCUGGCUCGAAAUCACAGUUCUGUAGCGUGCAACCACUUGGUCAAUCGUGCUUGUGGAAUUUGAUCCCGCAUUCCGUACUCGAAAUACCCUCGAUUUCAGAAGGUAGUGGAAAGAAUAAAAGCCAAGAAACGCAGGUCAGUGAUGGGCAGCUGCUCGCAUGUUCUCAGUCCAGCACUCUGAAAUCUGCCGUUGUCGAUUCUUUGUCAGUUUGUUUAUCUAAACUGGGUGUUACUCAUACCGAGGUCAACACGGAUGUGACCGGACUGAGUGAAUGUAGUUUAAGUCCUCUAAGCACCACUGAGGACGGUUCACAUAUUCCUUGGACUAGGGCAAAAAUUGUCGUGCUUCGUGACCCUGCGCAAACUGUAGAUCAAGGUAAUCCGACUGCAACUGCCCUCUUGUUCCGAUGUCACGUAAGCGAUGCAGCCGUACAAACAGAUCCCGUUGGAGAUGGCGAGUUGAGUAGUCUGUCCCUAUCCACCUUACCGACCAUGCCAAGCCAGAAUUUCGGCCCGGAUAUAAAUGGAGCCUGUUCCUCACCAAUGCAUCCUGAAUUCGAUGCACUGUUUGCCAAUACUGGUCCGUCUCGACUCGAUCCGAACAAGAAAUACUCUACUCAAGUUGGUGUUCAGACGGAGUGUGCAUCUGAUGGAGAAUCUGGCAGUGUCCAACUCAUUACCAGCUCGUCCAUCAUUCCAGACGACAAUGUCAUCACCGCAGUGAUGACUGAUUCACACAGGGACUUUUGGAAUCAGUCAGUUCCGUUGGACAAACCGUCUAGGGCAACACCUCAUAAUUGCCUACUGAGGAUUCCAGAAGAUGACAGAAGCUUUCGCAAGCGGUCCUUCAUCAAGAAAGCCGGAAUUUCGCCCCAACAUGACAGAGUGAAAUUGCGGGGGCGGUUGCGUCCGAUUUCUCAGAACUCUAAGAGCUCAUACGCUGAUUCUUCAGAAGUGGAUUGUGUUACUGAAUAUGGUCUUGCCGAAGAUCACCCUUAUUCUAGACGAACAAAACACUCGUCUUCAGUUGUGGCACGCAGAACGACUUUUACGAAAGAUGUUGACGCAAGCAGUGGAGACAAUAUACGAAUUAGGAUACCUCCUGGACGAAACGUAGACCCUCUACUGCGGUCCAGACAGUUUUGCAGAGGAAAACAAAAGCGAACGUUUACCUACCCAAGUAAGGAUACCGAUGCCAGCGAUGCUGAUGCCAGUUCUUCGUUAAGUUCUCCGACGGACUUAUACUCUAGCUUGAACAACGACAGCAAGCAAGGUUGUUACAAGUCAGAGCUGACACAAUCGCAAACGGUCAGACGUAGGUCAUCAGCUUGCUCCCAAGAUGGCAUCAGUGCUUCUGUGGAAUUCUGUGGAAUUCCCACACGGAAGUCAUCUGUUUCUCAUCAAUGCCAUACCCCACUUCAUAGUAUCACGUCGUCCUCCAGUUUGAAACGCCACUCCUCAGUUCCUCAGAUAUCACGAUAUCCUAGUACUCGAUCGAGCUGGGCCCCAGUUACACCCUUCCAAAAUCCUUUUACAUCUGUUGACAAAAUGAGGACCCGUUCGCUUGCUCGACUCCAUCAUUCUCGUGCUGAUACCACAAGCCGCACCUCAAUGUCCGGCGCUACAGUACAAAAGUCCAAAAGCUGGCGAUCAACUUCCACAUUAUCCGAUAAUUGUGGCUAUGUCCGUCGAUCCGGAUCUUCUCUUUCCUCAACUGGUCUACAACCCAAACCAUGCCACCAUCAAUUUGUGGAUCAUUCAUCCACAUCCAUACAACAACGUAGAAAGAACCCUUCUAGCUGUCGAAAGUUUUCCAAUCCGCCCCGCACGAUUGCCAAUACCGUUGAUGGUGGUUUGCGGAACGGCCAUUUUGUGAAACAACGCCGAGUCGGUUUGUCGCAUACACAACCCCUUUUGCCUGUUUCGGUUGGCUGGCAUAGAAUGGCACCGAUCUUGACAUCACCGUUGGGACGUUCGGUAGAUGACAGUCUACUGCGCCACACGUUUGCCUCCUUGCAAAAAGUCCGAUCGAAGGUCUCACUCCAAACGAUCGGUCCGAAUCGACCACCCAUGGUGUUCAAACGCUAG